UUAAUUACGAAAUUAAUCAAUGGUAUUAAUUUAAAUAAAAUAUUUUAAAUUUUUAGAAAGAUUUGUUAGAUUUUUUCUCAAGAUUUUGUUAUAACUAAAAAUAAAAUUUAUAUUUACAGUUAAAAUUAAUUUAUUAUUAAUAUCUUUAUAUAUUUAAUAUUAAUAUAAAUAAUUAAAUAAAUAUAAUUAAUGAAAUGGACCUAAUAAGGCUAGUAUGACUUUUUCAUGUUAGAUAAAAAUGGUACUUCUCUUUUAAUAGAGAAAUAUUUUCUUUUUGAUUUUCUUAUAAUGAAAAAUAUGGCUAAAGACCUUGACACCCCUAAUAAAUCAGUGUUAUUACUAAUCCAACCAUAACAAUUUCUGAUCACCCACCCAUACAUAAUUUAAAAUAAAUAAAAAAGAAAAAAAACUUUAAAAAUUAUCUUUUUCUUGGUCGUGGGUCCUUUGGUCAUCUUCCUCCUCGUUCCAAAUUCUUUAAGCUAGUUCAAUUUUCUUCUUCGAUCUUUUCUCUCGCUGUCUUUCUCAUUUUUCAGAGACAGAAGCGUCUCCGGCUACUCCAGUCUCCUAUGGCGGCAGCGGCUCCGGUAGUGGAGUCAUCGUCGGUGGCGUCUGCAGUGGCGGCAUCUCCUGAAGUGGAUUGGCUCUGUUUUCCUCAUCUUCUUUCCUUUCUGUUUCUGACGAUUAUCUUUCAUGAGAAACAUCAGAUGCUUCUCCCGAAGAUGUUCAGCUAUUCCUUUGGCUCCAACGUAUCCAAGACUCUUCCACUCAAACCUCUUCUACUGAACGUAAUUUAUCUCAGAAGCACAUUUCUCCAUCACUAAGAUUUGCAGCCAGUGAUUUAUCCAUGUCUACUAGAACUGUUCCAAUGAACUUCUUGAAGAUCUCUUUGGACAUUUUCUUUUACAAAAGAAAGAGAGCUGAAGAAACUGAAAUAGAAGGAAUAGCUGCUGAUUCUAUAUAGUACAUGAUAGGAACAUGAAGAGUAAGUUUUUGGUAGACAAGAAUCUCUUGUACGAAAAAUUUUGUUUUCGAUCCGCCGAUUUUCGCUUUGAUCAGGGAUAGUGAAAAGACAAAAAACAGAGUGUGUGUGUUAAAACUAUUAAGACAUGUAUCGAUUAAAGGUUUCACCCUCUUUUGACUGUAAAGACUCUUCACAUUUCCUAGUUACAGAAACUGAAAAGGGAUUUGAUUUUGAUUUAAAAUUAAAGAAAUUUGGAGAGACCGUUUCGGAAAAUUUCAUAGCUUUCUUCGAGAUUAUACAAAGAAGAAACGAAAGGAAACAAGGAUCACAAAUAUUUUUCUUUUCUAUUUUUUAUUUAUUAAUUUACUUGAGUAAAUAAUUUGGAAAUAGUCGUGAGCAACUAAUACACCACAAAUCAACUUAUAUUUUCAGCACUUGUGCUUUUACUUUUCUCCCCUACACUUUGAAAUUGACAUCUUCAUUUCAUAAUUUUGAAUUUUUUUCUCAUUUGUGAUUUUCCUUCUCGUUUUGAUUUAGACUAUUUACAACAGAGUGUUGAAUAAACAGUUGAAUCGAUUGUAAAAGAUAGUUAAAUUAUAAAAAAAAUACGUAUAUAGAUUAAAUGGAAUUGAAUAUUCAACACUAGUUGAAUGCCAAAAAAAAGUAAACAGUUCGAAUCCCGCUGGCCACUGGAGAUAAAAUUUAACAUCCAGACACCGCAGCGUUUGGUGACCCAAGCAUACUCCGGUCGACUACUACGGACACUUUCCGAUAGUGUGGAUCCACUUCGGUGGGAGUCAGGAUACAUCGGAUUAUUUAAAAAAACAUUAUCGACAACACAUCACUUUCUAGAAAUUUUGUUUCAUAUCUUUGUAAUUAUUUAAAACCAAAAUUUUAUUAUAAAUUAAAUAAUUUACUUAAAUUUUAUUUGAAAAUUACUAAUUUGAAGUAUCUAUAAAUAAAAACUAAUUUUAUUUAAUUUGGACAUAGAAAGAAAAAAAUGGAUAACACAUAUAAAAUAUGAUGAGAUAAAAUAGCACUAAAAAUUUAUUUAAACGUGCAACCGUUAUAUACAUAUAUUUAAUAUUUUAAUCACACUUAGUAAUUCUUGGUAAUCUUCAAGGUAAUAGUAAUACUACCUUACAGUGAGUAAUACUUUGGACAAUUUUAAGUUUUUUUAGUAAAACCAUGUGAACAUGAAAUAUUUUGUAGUAAAACUAAUUUUUUUUAUACAAUGAAUGUCACUAAAGAAGAUUAUUACAUAAACAGUUUACCAGAAAUAAGUAUUUUUAUAGAUUCUACUUAUUAUAGUCUUACGAUUUAUACAACAACCAUGAAAGUUAAGGAACUAUUUUGAGAAAAUGAUAAAUAUUCCUAAAACUAUUUAAAAUAAUCACCUAGAUAAUUUUAAUAGUCGUAUUUACUAUAUACAUCGUCUAAUAAUAGAUAAUAUAUUGUAUCUAUAUGCUAAAUAUAUGUACUACUUGUAAUAUAUAGAAGUUUCAAAUUAUACAUAAUAAAAUACAGUAAUUUUAGUAGUCUAAAUUACACACAAUAAAUCAAGUAAUCCUAGUAGUUCAAUUGUACACAAUAAACUCAGUAAUCCUUGUAGUCCAAUUACACACAAUAAACAUUAUAAUCUUAAUAGUUUGAUUACACACAAUAAAAUUACACAUUCAAACACCUGAACUACUUCCACAUUCAAACCACGGUCCAUAUCCCUCUAUUUGUGUCUCUAGCUCUCUUUGCCUUUUUUUUUCUAUUCCACAAGAUUCUCCAACUGAUGGAAACCUUGUUUGUUAUAACUUUCUUUUCUUAACUUCAUAAUCUCGAAAAAGUACUUUCAUUGGCCUAACUUCUUUUGGUAUAAUUUAAUCAGACAUACGAGGAACAUAAUAUGUUCUUGUGAUUAGCUAUGAUAUCUAUUUUUUAUAUCUUAUAUUUUAAAUCAUAAAUAACUUUAACUUAAUAUAUACUAUACUACUAUAACGCAUAGUAAUAUACAAAAAAAGAUAUUGUUUCUCUUUUUAAUACUAGUUAUUCCAAUAACAUACAUAAAUUUUAUUCAUUAUAAAGAAGACGAGAAGAUAUGUUUAGAAAUAUUGUUAAUAUAAAUUGUUUUAAUAAUAUUGUGUAGUCUUAAUAAAAUAGAAGUUAUGUCAGUAGUAUCAGUAAAUUUAGAAAAUAAAUUCUGUAACAAAAUAAAAAAAUACUAUAUUUUUAAAUAUGAUAAAAUUUAUUAAAAUUUAUAUGAAACUUUAUAUAUAUUUUUUUGUCAACAACAUUACAGUUUCAUAUUGACUCUGUAAACCACACUGGGAGAUACUGAUCAAUGUGAACGACGAAAGACGUUUGUUUCCUGAUACUGCGUGCUAAGUUAUCCGCCUUUGUAUUUUGCGUCAUUGGUGCAUGUAUAAUCUCUGAUCGUGUGAAGCUCUCUUUCAGACUGUUGAUAUCUUCCAAAUAACUUGCAAAAGCUGGUCAUUCUUCUGGUUUCGAAACCAUCUUCACCAAUUGAGAACAAUCUGUUGCAAACGUAACCUGGAAUUGUCGUAAAUUCCUCAUACAUUCCAUAGUCCAUAGUAGCGCCUCCAUCUCUGCAUGCAAGGGAGUUAAAGAAGCCCGUACAUUCCUUGCUCCCAUCAGACCCUCAAAUCCUUCUAAAGUAUUGAACCAACCCUGACCAGAGAACAUAUCCCCCUCUUUCCAUGAACCAUCUUUAAAACACCAUCUUCCAGGAACUGACGUAAGAGUCGUUGUCUGAACCUAUGUUCCCAUCUUCUGGUCAUUCAAAAUAUGUGCCUCUGCCGAGAGUGUGGAUUCCGUUUCUGCCAAUUUAAGAAUGUCUAUAGGGUCCAUAUCCAGAUUACUAAAAACCUUAUUAUUUCUUUCUUUCCAAAUGUACCAAAAUAUCCAAGCAAAUUGAUGAUCCUCCAUCGGUGGAGCAACUCACCAGAAUAGGUGAUCCAUAUUUGUAAAUAGAGAACUUUUUGGGAAAAGAGCUGGAUUUGUUGGUAUCUUUGACAGAGCCCAAACCUGGAUUGCUGGAAGACACUCAAAGAAUACAUGGUUAAUCGACUCCUCAUCUGGUCCACAUCUUGCACAACAUAUAUCUCCUUGCAUCUCUCGCGCCUGCAAAUCCUUCUUAACUGCUAUACACCCUGAAACCAAUUGCAAAAAAAAUGUUUUAUUUUUUGUAGACACCGUAUUUUCCAACAAAAUGCCUACAGAACAUCAACUGUAGGUCCAAUUAAUAAUGGUGAUCUUCUCCUAUCCGGGUAAAUCCUCUCUACUUGAUAUCCUAAUUUAACCGUAAAUUAUCCAUUAUUUAUGAAAUGUCAUCCUUUCCUAUCUACCAUCUGGUUUUUUGCCCAGUCGUAUAGUUUCUAUGAUUUUCACAUCAUGUGGGUCUACCAAAGUCAAAAUAACCUACGAAUUCCAUCUUCAUGAAGUGGAAUCAAUAAGUAAAUCCACUGUAAGGUCUGGAUACAAAUUGUGUUGAUUUUUAUUGGUUGGUCUCGGGUGAGUGGUUGAGAGCCAAGGAUCGUUUCCAUAAAGAUAUAGAGGAUCCUGUUCCCACAUUUUUUUAUUAGUCAUUUAUUUACGAGAGAUCUAGCAGAUACAAUACUCCUCCAGCCGUAUGACGGAGAGCAUGAUAGAAUCGGUUCAAGGGGUGAGGCGCUCCUAUAAUACCUACCCUUGAAAACUCGAGAAAAUAAAGUGUUUGGCUUUUAUAUUAGCCUCCAUAACUGCAACGAAGCAUUGCUGUAUUGAAAUCAAUUAUAUCCUUGAAACCUAAUCCCCCGUCUUCCUUGCUGACACAUACUUUGUCCCAUGAAUUCCAAUGUAAUCCUCUUGUACUACCCCCCAUGAUUCCACCAAAAUUGUGCUACUGCACUCGUUAAUUUUUUUGCAGUUGCCUUUGGUAAGCGAUAACAAGACAUCGUAUGGUUCAGUAGUGUCGUAAUCACUGAUUUGAUGAUCACUUCCUUUUCUCCUUUUGUGAAAAUUUUAAAAGUCUAGCCAUUGACCCUAUUAUUUAGGCGAUCCUGCACAAAACCAAAAAUUUGAAUCUUAGAACCGCCAAGAUUUUCCGGUAAUCCUAAGUAAGAUCUCAAUCCUCCCAAAUUCUGUAUACCGAAAAUAUCUCUUUAACUCUUGUCUGAUCGAGUCUUCAAUCUUUUGUCCAAAUUGAAUUGAAGACUUUUUAAAAUUUAUCAGUUGACCAGAAACUACCUUGUAUUCCUUUAAAAUCCUGAGAAUAGUAUGACAUUCUUCCCUUUGAGCUUUGCAGAAGAACAAACUAUCAUCCACAAAAAGCAGAUGGGGGAACGAUUGGCAUGCUCUAGCUACCUUAAUUCAUGUUAACUGUUUUUCUCUCUCCGCCUUCCUAAUGUUUGCAAUAAGCGACUCAAUGCACAAAAUAAAUAAAUAGGAGGAUAACGUAUCUCCUUGUCGUAAACCUCUGUGUGGCACAAUGAAACCUCGUGGGUGUCCAGUUAGGAGGAUCCUAUAUUGAACCGGCGAUAUACACUCCAUCAUUAAUUUAAUCCAAUGUCGGUGGAAGCCCAUCUUCUGCAGUAGUGCCUUAAUAAAUUCCCAUUAUAUCCUAUCAUACGCUUUACUCAUAUCCGUUUUAACCAUCAUAUAAUUUCCUUGACACGAUUUAUUAGUCUGUAAUCCAUGAAACACUUCCGAAGCUAUAAGGAUAUUGUCAAAGAUCAAACGACCUGCCACAAAUGCUGAUUGGGUCUCCGAGACGAGAGAGGGUAAAUAGAUUUUCAACCGCUGACAUAAAUCUUUGAAAUUAUUUUAUACAUUACAUAGACUGAUUGGCCGUAAUUCUGUCAUCCUUGUAGGUCUUUUUGUCUUUGGAAUCAUACAGAUAUGAGUAAUAUUUAACCUUGAAUCCAUUUCACCCGAUACUAGAAAAUUGUUCACCAUCUCCACGAGAUCACUCUUAAUAAUAUGCCAUGAGUGUUGAAAGAAAAGAGUUGUCAUGUCAUCCGAGUCUGGUGCUUUUUCUGGAUGCAUCAUGAAUAAAACCUCUCUAACCUCUUCUUCAGUCGCCAUUCUCAAUAAUCGUUGGUUCAUCUGAGGAGUAAUCCCCGGUGCUAUCUCUGAUAGAAAAUUGUCAAACUUUGAUGGAGAGAUGGUACUAAAUAGUUCUUCAAAGUAGUCUACUGUUACUUUCUCUACUCCAUUAUCCUCCGUAAUCCAAUUUUCGGCUGCAUCAUGUAGUCCGACAAUCCUAUUACGUACCCUUCGCUGCUUAGUUAGAGCUUGGUAGAAUUUCGUGUUGAGAUCCCCGAUGAAUACCACAUAUUCCUACCUUUCUGAUGCCAAUACUCCUCUUCAUCCUAAAAUAUAUAUUAGUUUAUAAAUAUAAAUAGAAAAUAAAAUUGAGAUAUUAUUUUAAAUUUGAAUAUUUUUAAACUAAUCAAUGGUAGUAAUAAAAACUUAAAAAGUUAUGUAAAUGAUUUAUUAGAUUUAUUUAUUUAAAUUAAUUGGUGAUUGAAAUACAACAAAAUCAUUUAUUCUAUUAUUUUAUUGUUUUUAUAUUAUUAAAUAUUAGUAAAAAAUUUAAGAUGAAAUAUAUUUACAAUUUUUUUGUAGCAAAAUAGAAAUAAAAUUGUAGAAAAAUAAUAUGAUAAAUAAAAAUAAAUUGUUGGAAGCAAAAAUUGAUUACAUGAAAAAGCAAAAAAAAAAAAAAUUAAUAAAGAAGCCCAACGCAUGAAAGAAGGGGAAAAAAAUGAGUCCCAUAAGAAAAGAUAAAUAAAUAAUAAAAAAAGAAAAGAAAAUAAAAAGGUAUCGAUGGAAGCAAAAUAAGAGAGGAGCAGUGAGAAUUAGAUAGGGGUAAUGAGAUAAACUUUUGGCCAAUAAGGGCAUAUGGAGUUAAACUCCUAGUAUUUUUCUUGUUUUAAAAUUUUCAAUUAUGAUUUGUUCAUUAAUAUUCUUGUUUUUUAACAACUUGAAAAGACCAAAACAAGUUAUGUUUGCAAGUCUUCCUACUAAGAAAAGAAUUGGUUUCGGAGAUUGUGCACUUCUGUCUUUGCUUUGGAAUAGCAUCAGUACAGUAGUCUCUCGAGACUUCAAAUAAAAACGUGACUACGGCCCAAACCAAAGUCCACGAGUUUUGAUAACUGCACAUAACAUAAGACCAUGCGCAUCGGGGUAUUUAGUGAGGUUCACGGGCUCGAGUUCUAAGGCCCGGGUGAUUAAAAUGAAAUAUAAAAUGGGUUUGUUUCGAUGAAGCGGGCCUUGCGCUUGAUCCGGUAUCAAGCGGUUUUAGCCACGUGUCAGUUGUUUACUUGAUGAAAGAUUUCGCGUAGAGGGGGAGGAAAGAAGGGUUUCCCCGUGUCUCUCCUCAUUUUCUCUUCUCGGAAAAAAAACCAGGGUUUGUGUGUGAGAGGCGAUUUUACGAGCGACGCCGAGUCUCUGAGUUGUUUGUGUGUGAAUCGACGACAGACUGUCUUCUCGACGACCUGAGGUUAGUAUCGAGUAGAUUGACGGUUUAAUUUGGUCGAUUUUGCUCGAAAUCGUUUUCGCACAUUUCAAAUCAAUUUUGGGGUUUUCGUUUUUGGGAUGAAAAUCGAUAGAGGGUUUUCUAUUAAUUGAUGUAAAUCGGCAUGCUCGUUUCAUUUAGGGUUAGUUUCUAUGAGAUUUCAAAUCGAUAGAGGGGUUUGGAGUUAGGGUUCAAAAUUGAUUCGGUUUUGCGUUUGAUAGUUCUAAAUUUAUUAUAUUGUUUGGAUUUUAAUGUUCAAAUUCAUUCGAUUUGUUUUAUAGAUGGAUCCCGCAGCAGAGAGAAGUCAUUCAAAGAAGCAAAAGGACUACGUCAACAUGCUAUCAUACACUUGCGAUUCUGAAUAUGGCAUUCCGAGAAGGUGUGCCUGUGGUGGGAGAAUCAUAGACGAGGUUCGAGUGAAGCAGGAGUACGAUACUCAACCCGGGAAGCGGUUCUUCACCUGUGCCAACUACGAGGCUGAUGGGUUUCACUACCGUCAGCCUUGGGUGAUUGGUGUCCAGGAGCAGAUCGAAAGCUUGACUAAGCGUCUGGAGGAGGCUGAGCAGCUGUUGAAUUUGAUUCCGAGUCUCAAAAACCAGAUUGAGACACUGGAGGUUAGUCACAAAGUUGUCAACUAUUUUAUUUAUUUUUCUGUACGUUUAUCUCUACAUUUUGCUCUACUGUUAUUAAUUUUAAUAACUUAUAAUUGUUGUUUCCAUGUAUAGGCACAGGCUAGCGGGCUCACUCGGCAGGUUGAUCGCCUAACUGCGGAGGUUUAUAACUUGACGGUGCAAGUAGCUGACCUGGAGAAGCUCUGCUUCGAGUAACAAGCGAAGGUAAACACUCAAUCUCAACUGAAAUAGAAGUGAAUGAACUGAACUAGCUAGACAACAACUCGUAUUGAACUGAACUGAACUAGCUAGACUACAACUCGUAUUGAACUGAACUGAACUAGCUAGACUACAACUCGUAUUGAACUGAACUGAACUAGCUAUACUACAACUCGUAUUGAACUGAACUGAACUAGCUAGACUACAAUUCAUUAAUAAGUGUACGUUUGUUGGUUGAAGUUUUAAAUAUUGUGUAGUUUUGAAGUGAUUUGAUGUGUAAUGAAUGCAAAGUAGUUCUGUAAAUAAGUUGUUGUGUUAAUUAAGUUUUGUUGUUGUCUAAUUAACUGCAGUGGUUGUUGUGUAAUAAACCAAUGCGAAAGUAGUUUAAAACAUAGGAAUUCCACUUCUAAAAACACAAACAAUCAAAGCUUAAAAAUCACACAAACCUCUAAACACCAAACCAAAAUCACACAAACCUCUAAACACAAUGGACCCUUCUUCCCGUAACUCUCACGGGUUUGUUAACUUGUUAGCUUCGCAGAGCAGUCCACCAAUAGACAUAGACUCUGCUGAAGCACAUGUUACCUCUCCCGGGUUAGUUAAACCAGCGGAAAGGAAAAGGUGGUCAACCAAAGAGGACAUUGUGCUGAUCAGUGCUUGGUUGAACACCAGCAAGGAUCCCAUAGUGAGCAAUGAACAGAAGCUAGGAUCGUUUUGGAAGAGGAUAGAAGAGUAUUUCAAUUCAAGUCCUCACCUCGUUGGCUCCCUUCCAAGAGAGUGGAGUCAAUGUAAGCAGAGGUGGGGAAGGGUGAAUGCGGAGGUCUGCAAGUUUGUGGGAUGCCAUGAAAGCGCGUUGAAGGAGCAGGCGAGUGGGCAAACAGAGAAUGAUGUCAUGAAGCUUGCUCAUGACAUCUUCUUCAAUGACUAUAAUGUCAAGUUCUGUCUUGAACAUUGCUGGAGGGAACUUAGGUUCGAUCAGAAAUGGAGAUCACACUGUCAGCCGAAGGAGAAAAGGAAGGAAAGUGGUCCGGAGGUGGUGAGUGCUGAGGAAGAGGUUAGGCCUCCGGGUGUCAAGGCCAGCAAAGCUGCCAAACGCAAGAAGCCGAACGAGGCAGCUUAUGACCAGAUACAGAUCAUUCUAGCUCAGAAAAACACCCUUUCCAAUAAAAAAAUCCUAGAUCGUCUCUUAGCCAAAAACAUUGAAACACUAUCUGAUCAUGAAGUGGCGCUUAAGAAUAAGCUUAUCUCUGAAAUGCUUUGAUUUGGUUAGUGUAAUAGCUGCUUAAGAAUAAGCCUAUCUCUUGUUUUGCUUACUCAUUGUGUUCUAUUUUGUUUUGCAGGUCACGGGUUGGAAGGGCAGGGUGUUGCAGGUCACGGGUCUGAAGGUUGCAGGUGAGGGUCAAGGAUGUAGGACUUUAUGUCAGUUUUUAAUCACGGAUGUAAAAUAGGAUGUACUAUGUGUAGGACUUGUCUUUUGCUGUUGAUUCGCUGAUGUAAAAUAUGUUGAUUCACGGAUGUUUUAAACUCUGCCUUCUCUAUAUAAACUAUGUCUUUCAGUUUGGUUUAAAAAUGUGUCUCAUUUCUCUUCUCCAUGUGUGUCUUUUAUUCUUACAACUGAGCAAAGCACACAAAGAAUCUGUCUCAUUUCUCUUCUCCAGUCUCUUCUCUACUCUAGUCACUUCUCUUCUCUUGUCUCUCACUUCUCUUCUCCAGUCUCUUCUCUACUCUAGUCUCUUCUCUUCUCUUGUCUCUCUAUUCUCUUCUCAUCGCAACAAACUGUGAGGUAAAGGGAAGUGAACGUGGUGAUCGUGGUGCUCAACCACUACUAGAGUAAGAGAAUUCAACAACAAACAACAGCUCCAAAUCAAGGUAAGUGUGAUAAUGCAACAAGAAUGUAGAUUAUAAAAAAAAUCUAAUAUAAUGUGAAAAAGAAUGUAGAUUAUGAAAAUGAUGAUAUAAUAAUGAAAAAAAUAUAGCUUAUGCAAAAUAUGAUAGAAUAAUGAAAUAAAAAUAGAAUUUAAAAAAAAAUCUAAUAUAAUGUGAAAAAGAAUGUAGAUUAUGAAAAUGAUGAUAUAAUAAUGAAAAAAAUAUAGCUUAUGCAAAAUAUGAUAGAGUAAUGAAAUAAAAAUAGAAUUUAAAAAAAAAUCUAAUAUAAUGUGAAAAAGAAUGUAGAUUAUGAAAAUGAUGAUAGUUACAAAUCCCCUUUUGCCAUUUUUGUCAUUUUAGGAUAAAAAACAAAAAUGUCUUCCUCAUCAAGUGAUGAAGUUGAUGAAGCUUUAGAAGAAAUGGUUGACCAAGUAGUUGAUAAUUUCAUCGACUCAGUGAUUCAUGCUCACCCCAACAAGCACAAAAGACGGGCUUAUAUCGAAAGAGAUCGGGAACAAGGACACAAUCGGCUAUGGAACGAUUAUUUCAAGGAAAAUCCUACAUAUCCACCGGAAAUGUUUAGGAGGCGUUUUCGAAUGAACAAGCCUUUGUUCCUCCACAUUGUCGAACGUGUAAGUAAUGAAGUUCCAUACUUUCAGCAAAGACGGGAUGCUUGCGGAAGGAAUGGGCUAUCUGCACUUCAAAAGUGUACCGCAGCUAUACGUAUGCUGGCAUAUGGUCAAUCGGGAGAUACAUAUGACGAAUAUCUCCGACUUGGUGACAGUACAUCACGUUUGUGUUUGGCAAAUUUCACUGAUGCAAUAAUAGAAUUGUUUGGAAAUGAGUAUCUACGAAAACCUACAGCCGAGGAUCUUCAACGCUUACUCGAUGUUGGAGAGGUACGGGGGUUUCCGGGGAUGAUAGGCAGCAUCGACUGCAUGCAUUGGGAGUGGAAAAACUGUCCAACGGCUUGGAAAGGUCAGUUCACACGGGGUUCAGGAAAGCCGACAAUUGUCUUAGAAGCCGUGGCAUCACAAGAUCUUUGGAUAUGGCACGCAUUUUUCGGCUUACCAGGUACACUCAACGAUAUCAAUGUUCUCGAUCGGUCACCGGUUUUUGAUGACAUCUUACAUGGUCGAGCACCUAAAGUUAAGUUCAAGGUCAACAACCACACUUAUCGUAUGGCCUACUAUCUUACUGACGGAAUUUAUCCAAACUGGUCAACAUUUAUCCAAUCCAUCCCACUUCCUCAAGGUCCUAAAGCCGAGAAAUUUGUACAAAAGCAAGAAUCCGCCAGAAAAGAUGUCGAACGGGCUUUUGGAGUAUUGCAGUCGAGGUUUGCAAUUGUUAAAAACCCAGCUCUACAAUGGGACAAGGAAAAGAUAGGAAAGAUAAUGAGAACUUGUGUCAUAUUGCACAAUAUGAUUGUAGAGAACGAACGACACGGAUACGCUCAAAUAAAUACUUCUGAGUUCGAAUCAGGAGAGUCAAGCAGAAGUUCAAAGGUGACAACCAGAGAAAGUAUUCAUGCCGGUGAUAUGUUAGCCAUGCGCAGAGAAGUCCGAGAUCAAGAGAAGCAUGCUCGUUUGAAAGCUGAUUUAAUGGAAAAUAUUUGGCAAAAGUUUGGUGAUGAAGAUGAAUAAACUUUGUUUGUUUUUCUAUUUCUCAAUUUAUGUAAUCUAAUCUUUUAAUGUAUUGAAUAAAUAGUUUUCAAAAAUUUAAUAAUAUUUUAAAUAUUUUAUUCUUGUUUUCUGGAUAAUUUGAAUAU